UCCCCUUUUCCACUCUCUGGGGACAUUCUUGUUUUCUUAGUUUCCCCAUGUACCUGGGAAGUGCAGGUGAGAACUGCCAGUUUUAAGGAGUCUGGGCUAACAGUGCAUCGCAGGUGUCAGUCCUGUCGAGGUAGCGUAGGGCUGGGAAAGAGCCAAGUCAGUGCGUGAGGCAUGCAUGUCAGUACUUCACACAGCAUGCGACCCUGGUGCAUUUGAUAAACAGAGUUGGAAGCAUCAUCUCGGAAGAGCACCUGCCACAGUUUGCAGUAUGCGUGGGAAAAGGGUAGUCUGAAACCAGAGAUCUUGUGGGAGAUUCCGAUUGUCAUAAGGGGAAGUAGGUAGUUCAGGGAAGUUGUGGCCAGCCUUGUGGAAGAAAAGAAGAAAUUUUUAUGAAGUGUGGGAGGAAAAACUUCUAGGGCAGCAGACUGCAAGACUGAUGCCAUUUUCCACAAAGAAUGAAAUGCCAGGGAACCAAGGAAGCAGAGCCAGGGGCCAGGUGCUCAGGAGGGCAGGAGAGCCUGCUGCUGGACCUGGAUCUCUGCAUGGUAAAACAUAACCUUCUACUUGGGAGCUCUGCGUUCUGGCCUCUCUUUUGUUUUCAGUUUAGGGAACCUGCAGACCGCCUCCAAAUAAAACCUGCUAUUUCUGGAAGGGACAGUAGUCAUUGGUGGGUCCUGCAUAGCUAGGUAUUUUAUUGGUGUUAUGUGAUGUCCCCAAGGAGCUAAGUCCUUACACAAAUGCAUAAAGGCCCCCACAGUGGGACAGACAGAUACCAUCUAGGAGCCAGCAGCUCAGACUGCACCAUGGGAAUAACCAGCUUACCUGCUGGAUGAGUUUACCUUUAGAAAGACAGACAUGCCUUGCAGCCCAUGUCAUGGAGACUUUGUACGGUUUCCAGUCUUGUCUUGUUUAGAAAUGUUCUGUUUAAAUAACAGCAUGUGCCAGUGCUCCCCGGAGACCCCUGAGAAAAUUAAAUGAUCAUCUUGUGACAUGGUCCUCAUGCUUAUGUUUUAGAAUCCAAGAGAACUCAGCUGUCCUGAAACAAUUAAAGAAGACAGUUUUGGAAGACCCAGUGACGGGAAAAUAUCCUACAUUUACUUUUGUGGUUAAAAUAGAAAAAGAAGUAGGGAAAGAGAAAGUGAGGUAAAAAAGAGACAAUUCUAGGAGAAAACCAAAAUCAUAAGUUUUAAUUCAAAAAUAGCCCCUGGAAGGUGUCUGUUUUCAAUUGCGACUACUCCCAUAAGGGAAGGUUUAGAGGAGUAUCUGCAAAAGAGAUCUUUUGCUAAGUUUAGUCACUUUCAAGGGUGAGUCCUUGUCCUGGAUUUGUUCAGAUUCUCGCGUUUUUUCGUUCUUUCUUUCUUUCUUUUCUGUGGAAUUCCAUAGACAGUAAUUAAGGAACUGGAGGCCAGCAGGAGGUCAGGGAGCCUUCCUCAGUGAAAACAGGGAUUGUUGGCCAUGCACAACACUCCCUUUUUUCCUUGUGGUGAAUAGGAGAUUUGCUUAGAGCUGAUGACUUAUGCCUUUCUUACAAGUUAUGCAGUUAGCAAGCGACUGUGCAGUCAGGCAGCAGGCAGAGAGUGGCUAAUUGAAUCCAGUGUCUUCACUUUCUUCUCCUUUGGAUGCUGGGCUGUGACGGCGGAGCCUGCCUGAUCAUGUAACUGCUGAGAACAUGUUUGAGGAGUGCCUGAUCCUGACUUUGCCAUCGUGGAGUUGACAGAUCAGAGCGAGAGGCACUUAGAGUGGGGAGGGGUGGGGGUACCGGACCUUUUCACAGCUGCCCCCCCUUACGCCUGCUAAAUGCCGAAGCCGUCAAGAGAACAAUCGGAUGAUGAGACUGAGGAGUCGGUGAAGUUUAAGAGGUUACACAAGCUGGUGAAUUCCACUCGCAGAGUCCGAAAGAAACUAAUUAGGGUGGAAGAAAUGAAAAAGCCCAGCACUGAAGGUGGGGAAGAGCUUGUGUUUGAGAAUGCCCCCGUCUUGGAUGAGAGGGCUGCCCUUUAUUCAGGAGUGCAUAAGAAGCCACUUAUCAUCGAUGGCUCCCCUGAGAAACCUCCUGACGAUGACACUGACUCGCUCACCACAUCUCCGUCAUCCAGCAGCCUGGAUACCUGGGGAGCUGGCCGGAAGUUGGUCAAAACCUUCAGCAAAGGAGACGGUCGGGGUCUGAUUAAACCCCCUAAGAAGAUGGGGACAUUUUUCUCCUACCCAGAAGAAGAGAAGGCCCAGAAAGUGUCCCGCUCGCUUACAGAGGGAGAGAUGAAGAAGGGCCUCGGGUCCCUGAGCCAUGGGGUAAGUACGGAUGGUGUUUUCUUCUAUGACAACCAUCGCCGUAGGCACCACUUCCUGGUGUCCCUGGAGGAGGUUCAGAGUGUCCGCAAGCAAAUCCGCUUGAAGAAAACGGAUACUAAUUAUUCCUGUUCCAGAGCUUUUCUCUGCCAGCGUCCCUCCAGAAAAGGAGUGAACGGUACCACAUGCGACCUGCCACUGCCCCGGCAGAAGGCCAAAGGGGGAGGCGGCUGCGGCUUCCCCGGCAGGAGGGCGCGCGGGCGCGCCUCGGUCAGCGAGUUCAAUGUCACCUACGUGGUGGAGCGGAGUCUCUACAGCCACCUGAACCUGACCCAGCUAGUGCGUCCUGCCUCAGACAGGACCCUGAGCAAGGCCGAGAAGCAGGACCUGAGGCGGUGCUUGCUGGAGGAGGAUGAGGAGGCAAAGCGGAAGUGGGCUGCCACAGUGGACCGCUGUACUAAAAGGGUUCUCUUGAGAAUCCACCAGAAGUCUAGAACUUGCAGUUUUGGAGGAUUCGACCUGACCAAUCGAUCUCUGCACGUUGGCAGCAACAGUGCUGACCCAGUGGGAAAAGAAGGAGAUUUUGUGUACAAAGAAGUCAUCAAAUCACCCACUGCCUCCCGCAUAUCUCUCGGAAGAAAAGUGAAAUCAGUGAAAGAGACAAUGCGGAAGAGAAUGUCUAAGAAAUACAGCAGCUCUGUCUCUGAGCAGGACUCAGGGCUCAACGGAAUGCCUGGCUCCCCAGCCUCUGCCCAGCCUGACCCUGAACACAUGGACAAACCCAAGCUCAAAGCUGGAGGAUCUGUGGAAAGUCUACGGAGCUCUCUGAGUGGGCAGAGCUCAAUGAGUGGUCAGACAGUCAGCACUACUGAUUCCUCCACCAGCAACAGGGAAAGCGUCAAGUCAGAAGAUGGGGAUGACGAGGAGCCGCCCUACCGAGGCCCCUUCUGUGGGCGAGCCCGGGUGCACACCGACUUCACCCCCAGUCCCUACGACACAGACUCCCUCAAGCUCAAGAAAGGAGAUAUUAUUGACAUAAUCAGCAAACCACCCAUGGGGACCUGGAUGGGCCUGUUGAACAACAAGGUCGGCACCUUUAAGUUCAUCUACGUGGAUGUGCUGAGUGAGGAGGACGAGAAGCCCAAGCGCCCCACCAGGAGGAGGAGGAAAGGAAGACCUCCCCAGCCCAAGUCCGUGGAGGAUCUCUUGGACCGGAUUAACCUAAAAGAGCACAUGCCCACUUUCCUGUUCAAUGGAUAUGAAGAUUUGGACACCUUCAAGCUCCUGGAGGAGGAAGACUUGGAUGAACUAAAUAUCAGAGACCCAGAGCACAGAGCUGUUCUCUUGACAGCAGUGGAGCUGUUGCAGGAAUAUGACAGUAACAGCGACCAGUCUGGGUCCCAGGAGAAGCUGCUGGUGGACAGCCAGGGCCUGAGCGGAUGCUCCCCCAGAGACUCGGGAUGCUACGAGAGCAGCGAGAACCUGGAAAAUGGCAAAACUCAGAAAACUGGCCUCUUACCUGCCAAGUCGUUGACUGAGUCCAGCUUGAAGCCUUUCCACAGGAGUCAGCUGGGCAACUACCCAACCUUGCCUUUAACAAAGUCAGUGGAUGCACGGAAGCAGGGAGAGGAGAGCAGGCUGGGCCUGGGUGGUACCCCGGUCACCUCCAAGCACUGUGACCCACCUUGUGUGACUGGUUUGAGUAAAAACCGAAGGAGCCUCCCGGUUUCCAUCUGUCGGAGCUGUGAGACCCUGGAGGGCCCCCAGACUGUGAAAGCAUGGCCCCGAUCCCAUUCCCUGGAUGACCUCCAAGGCCAGCCUGAUGCUGGAAAAGAUGUGCCUACCGAGGUGACAGAAACCUCUCCUCAGAUUGUACCGGAAGUGCCCCAAAAGACGUCCGCCCCCACUGCAAAGGUCCAAGCUCCAGGGCGAGAUUCUGCUGCCAACAAUGCCUCGCUACUGACCCAAAGCCAGAGAUGCCCUGACUCUCAGAAGAUGAUGCCCAGGAAGGCUGAAGGCCCCCCAGCAGCCUCUCCCUGCGGUGCUUCACCUCCUCAGUGUUUGCCCAGAAACUAUGAGGCUCAGCCUCCUGGAAUCAGGCACAGUUUAACAAGGACGUCUCUGGAGGGUCACAGGAAAGGACAUGAUCUUGAAGGAUCCCACCAUCCCCCAGGCGUAAAAGAAGGGGUAGAUACAGAGCAGAGAGUCCCUGAGGCAAGGACACCCGCAAAACACCCUUCACAGCCUCCACCUGUUCCUGCCAAAAAGAGCAGAGAACGCCUUGCCAACGGGCUCCACCUUGUUCCCGUGGGCCCCGGGGGGACCCUUCCCAGCCCAGAUGCCCCAUGCUUGCCAGUGAAGAAGGCCAGCCAUGCUGAUUGUCCCUCAGCACAGGCGUCCAGGUCUCCCCCAGGGCAGGAGCCUGGCAGCCCGUCUUGCAGCAGGCCUCCACCGUGGCUCUCGGAGCUACCCGAGAGUGCUAGCCUGCAGGAGCAUGGUGUGAAGCUGGGCCCAGCGCUGAGCAGGAAGGUGUCCUGCAACCGGGGAGUGGACCUGGAGCUGCUCACUGAAGCCAAGCUACAUGCCGAAGGCAUUGACCUCACUGAAGAGCCGUACUCUGAUAAGCAUGGCCGCUGUGGGAUCCCUGAAGCCCUGGUGCAGAGAUAUGCGGAGGACCUAGAUCAGCCCGAGAAGGAUGUUGCCACCAACAUGGACCAGAUCCGGGUGAAACUGCUUCGAAAGCAGCACCGAAUGGCGAUCCCAAGUGGUGGGCUCACCGAAAUCUGUAGGAAGCCCCUGUCUCCUGGCUGCAUCACAUCCGUGUCGGAUUGGCUCAUCUCCAUUGGCUUGCCCAUGUACACCAGCAACCUCUCUGACGCAGGGUUCAGCACACUGAGCCAAGUGCCUUCUCUGUCCCACACUUGCCUUCAAGAGGCCGGCAUCACAGAGGAGCGACACAUCAGGAAGCUCGUGUCUGCAGCCAGACUCUUCAAACUGCCACCUAACCCUGAGACUAUGUAGCCGGGCCCAACAUGGACUGCCCUGGACCAGAGCCAGCCUUUCCCUGUGCUCAUGAAGCUGAUGCAAUUCGUUCAUCCUGGACAGGCUGGCUGGAACCAGAAGAAAGGCUCCCAGAGCGUGAGAGAGGAGAGAGCAGAGCACCCCGUUGUUUGUGCUUGUGCCCUUGCCCUUGUGUUGGUCACCCUGCAGGAUGCCUGAGCCAGACAGGCGUAGCUAGGCCAAAGUAACAGACUCGGAAGUUAUUAUGUACUAUUGACUGUGCUCACUUGUUCAGAAGUUAGAGCAUCUGGCUGCACCGGGAAAAACAAAGUCCUGUUCUCCUUUAGAUAAACAAGAGACUUUUAAAUAAUUGCUUUCUAGCAAUCAGCUUUUAUUUGCCUUAAUAUCAGCUUUCAAGCAGUUAUCUGUAACUAGUGUCCACAACCCUGUAACCCUCAUUCCAGAUCUUCAGGCUAAGACUGCCAUGUGACAUCUGGGAUGUUUUCAGCAAAAUGGGCUUUUCUAAUUGUCUCAUCGUAACAUGGCUUAUUUUGUAGGGGUGAUUAUCAGGCACGCUUUCAUCUUGGCUUUCAGUGUUUGAACUAACUACAGCCUAGUUAAAAGCUAUCUGAAACUGACAAAGAUAUCUGUGUGGGUGUGGGUGUGGGUGUGGGUGUGGGAGGGUAGUAACUGCCUUUCAUUUCAAUCAGUUCAGUAUUGUGCCACAUCGGUCACUGUUGCAGUAUUGACUUGGAAUCGACCACGUCCAUUGCAGACUUCAGUCAUCAGCUAAGAAGAGAUUGCGCUUGCAGAAAGUCAUUGUAAGGUUAAAUCUUUCAGAAAGCUAUUUCUAAAAAGGGAAGUAGUAUAUAUUUUAAAUUUUUUUUCAUUUUAUAAUUAUCGUUACCUUUUUUUUCUUAUUUAGAUAAUUCUUUUUGUUCAAACAGGUUCAUUAGGGAGCCAAACCACACUAGUGAUGUGUUAAAUAUUGCAUAUUUUCAGUUGCUUUCCAACUGAUUUCAGCAUAUUAUAUCCUCUUUUACUCUCGUAUCUCAUUUUCUAGGAAAUGGCAAAUUUAGAAAAUAUAAGGUUCCGUUGCUUACAAAAUGAUUUUUCCGUCACAUUCUUAAUUAUGAACACUAUUUGAAGCAUUAAAUCUUAUCAUUUACAAUAGAAGCAUUUUGAACAUAAGACCUUGCUCAAAAGUUCUCUAAUGUUUCAUCUAGUAUUAAAUGAUUUCCCUCAGGGAAGUGGGAGAAGUGGUUUCAUUAAUUACAAAGCCAUCUUUACAUGCUUUAUAUAUCUAGAUCCAUUUCUCUGAGGAAGAGGACAUUCUCAGGUGAUGUAUUUUUUUUCCUGCAUUGGUAUGCAUCUUUAAAAGUAAUGUGUGUUUCUUUCAUAAUUUUACCUUCUACAAGAUGCCAUGUGCGGAAGUCAUGGAAGGGCCAGGGAUCUAGGUCGGCAGCAUAGCGCCUGCUUGGCAAGCGUGAGGUCGUGAGUUUGAUUCCUGAAAAACAAGACAAAAAGUGGCAAUGCUGAAUAAAAAGGCAGAGCUGCCAGGUUUCUAUGGAAUUCUUAAAAGUUACAGCAGUGUUUGUACUCUUGGGUUGUGGCAGAGCCCAUGGGGCAGGUGGCAGGGCUGCAGGUCCUCGGACAGCUACAGCAUUCCCUUGAUGUCAUUUGUGGUGAAGGUGGAGCCGAACGACAGGCUUCUCUUCUUGCUUUUGAAAUGCCUUGGCUUGGCGUUCUGCAGAGUCCGCUCCUCGCUUCAGCUGAGCCGAAAGACCACGCGAAGGUCACGUUAGAGGCCACAAAGGAGAAGCAGAAAUCACGUGGCGGUUUCCCAGUUUUAAUUGGUUCUCAGCCUAGAACUUUCACUGAAGUAAAACUAGCACCAGAGAUUCUGAGAAUGUCAAACCAUAUUUUUAUCACUCUUUGGAAAUGAUUGCCUUUGCAUGAAAAAUUAAAUUCAGGGACCACAGGUACUUUUUAGCAUGAAUGUCUGACUUGAGGGGGCUAGGUUGUUUUUACUUUUUUUUUUUUUUUUAAUUUGGAUUUUUUUCCCCCAUCUCUAGUGUUUGUUUGGUCUUCUUCUGUUUUAAAUUUUUAAUUUGGUCUAAGAAAAGCCUGAAUGUGUGACAGUUGAUUGAGGUGCUUUGGGGCUGCCUAUGUUGUUGGAGGUAGGAGAUUUUAGCAAUAUCCAGUUGUUAUCAGUUGCAUUUGAUACAGAAAUUAAGUAAUGAUAAGAAUAAUUGUCUUUGGAAAGCACAAAAGAAACCCAGAAAGGCAGUUUGGCUCAGGUAGGUAUACGUGGCAUUGUGUGUAAUUUGUAACGUCACAGCUGUCUGGAAGGAAACGCAGCCAGUCCCAACCAUACUUACAUUCCCAAAUAACUGAAAGCAAAUAGCUUUUCACAGCCUUGCCUUACUCAGAGGCGCUUUUCUCUGUCCUGACCCCAGUUGUAGUUGAAAUUAGAAAUGAUUUGUCUAGUAGAAAUCAGUCCUUGACAUAGCAAAGUUUGCUUUCAUAACUGCAGUGAGAGAGGUCAACUCACCAAGUCACUCCUGCAUGUGCGUACUAUAUUAUGUUCAGAAAAAAUAUAAUCGUCUGAGUCCAAGGUAUCUUGAUUUUAAAUUGAGAAGACUGUCAAGCAAGUUAUAUAACAACUAACAACAUUGCACUUUCUGUAUAUGAAAUCAAUAUUUAAAUAACUUAUUUUUCUCCAUUGCUGUUCUUAAACAUUGUAAGUAGCUGUAAUAUACCAGUACCAAUAUGUUCUUGCAAUUGCUUCAGCCCAAGAAAGCUGUGUAUUGUUUUAAAAACUGUAAAAAUUAUCGUGAUGAUUCAUUUAGUAAAAGGAAAGGUGGACAGAAGGAUUUUCCUAUGUAUCAAAACUUGUCUAUAAUUAUGUCAUCUAUGUACCUAGAAAAAAAGUAAAUAAAUUUCUUCAGCUCA